AUGAUGUGUACCAGCGGAAAGUGCUCCAAAUGCAUUGGGAUUGCUCUUUUUCCUCUUGCUAUCUGUGCUAUUAUCUCUAAUCUCCUCCUCUACUUCCCCAAUGGAGAAGUGUUGGAACCCCGCAAGAUCACUGACCUGGUCUGGUUUUUCCAUGGCAUUCUGGGAGCUGGAAUACUGGUUUUCUUGCCAGCAUUAAUGAUGCUCGGUGUAGGUGGAGCAGGAUGCUGUGCCAACAAAUGUGGGGUGGUUCUCUCUGUCCUCUUUGCUGCGCUGGGGGCCGCUGGCAGUGCGUAUUGCGUGAUCGUCUCAUCCUUGGGGUUAAUCAGUGGUCCUCUCUGCGAUAUUGGUGACGAGGUGUACAUCUAUCCUUUCAGGAAUGACACCUUCGUAGACAACUAUCUGUUUAACCAGACAACCUGGAGCAUUUGCAAAAACCCUGAAAACAUUGUCCUUUGGAACAUUGUGUUGUUUACUCUCCUGCUGGUCAUUGGCACAGCUGAAGCCAUCCUCUGCCUCAUUCAAGUGGGCAAUGGGCUCACUGGGGUUGCAUGCAGUUCAUGCUUGAGGAAAAGAAAGACUGAUAUUGCAGGAAUGUGA